AUGAAAUUGUCCACCGUAUAUAUUGCCCUUUCAACAUUUGUUGUUUCAUCAUUAGCAUCAUCACCUCCUUCAUCGGAUGAGUUAAAGAUUGACAUCCUCAAACAAGUUGAUUGUAAACGUAAAUCACAAAAGGGAGACUCCAUAUCUGUUCACUACAAAGGUACAUUAGAAGAUGGGACCAAAUUUGAUAGUUCUUGGGAUAGAGGCGUUCCAUUACCUUUUGUAAUUGGCCAAGGACAAGUUAUCACCUGUUGGGAAGAAGGGUUAUUGGAUAUGUGCAUUGGCGAACGGAGAAAGAUUUGGUGUCAUCCAAAUAUUGCUUAUGGGGAGAGGGGAAUUGGACCAAUUCCUCCUAAUGCAGCAUUGGUUUUUGAGACUGAGUUGGUUGAUAUUGCUGGGGUUAAGAAGGAAGAAGAGGGCAAAGAGAAUGUUGUUGAUGUUGCUGCGGAUGGUGACGUCGAUGAUGAUGAGGUUGUGAUUGAGAAAGAUGAAUUGUAA